AUGGCUUGCCAAACCUUCGAAUGCUUCGGAAAGCUCCCUCCAGAGAUACGCAUCCAGAUCUAUCUUCUCGCUACACCGCCCCGCGCCGUGAGUCUUGGACUGGUCACGAUUCCUUACGAUGAGUGGCUGAGGGGAUACUGUAAGAGAGGAAGGUCUCAACCAGGCAGCAUCUGGACCAAGCAGCUAUGGAAUUAUGAUUCUCAGAGCGACCUCCUCGGCAGUAUUACACAGAUACCUGCACUUUUACACACGUGUAAAGAGUCUAGAGAGGAACUGAUAAAUCACGGCUAUGAGCUCACCUUUGCAACUUCGAGAGGCCCACGGACGUGGUUUAACUACCGUCAGGAUGCUCUGUGCCUCCCCUUCGCUCUCUGGACUUGCCCGCAAAUCCGGCAUACGUUUUGUUUGCAUGGGCAGAGGUCUGACGAAAGGCUCUAUGUAGCUCUAUCUAGGUCGGAUAAAAAGAAGCUUCGUUGGGUAGUCGAGUCAACUGCAUAUCAGCGACGUCAACAAGACGUUUUCACAGGGAGGGAGGAUAUGAGCAAGGAUGGACAGACCUCAGCACCAUUUUUGGCCACUGAUCAACUUUCGUGGUGGCAUCGAGCAGUCAAACAUUCCAACUACCAGGGCCAUUAG